UGCCAGGCCUGGAGUCGUGGCGGGAAGCGCCGCCUCUCCUCGGUCCCCUUCUCUCCCCCUCUUCCCCUCCGAGUCACUGGGUCUUGCCAGAUGCUGCGCUACAGUCACUGGUUCCCCAUCACCAGAUCCGUUGGCGUCUCCGAGGCCGAGGGCUCCCGCGGGCUCCCCGUGGCCCCGGGUGAUUGUCGGUACCCCGCGGCCGCGAAUAAUCGUCGGGUCCCCGCGGGCCCAGGCCGCCGGGGCGGAUCAGGCCUCCGCGCCUUCCCGGGGAGCCCCGCAAGGUCGCAGACAAGAUGAACAUCUUGGCACCCGUGCGGAGGGACCGCGUCCUGGCGGAGUUGCCCCAGUGCCUGAGGAAGGAGGCCGCUUUGCACGUGCGCAAAGACUUCCACCCCCGCGUCACUUGCGCCUGCCAGGAGCACCGGACAGGCACCGUGGGAUUUAAGAUCUCCAAGGUCAUCGUUGUGGGGGACCUGUCUGUGGGGAAGACCUGUCUCAUUAAUAGGUUCUGCAAGGACACCUUCGAUAAGAAUUACAAGGCCACCAUCGGGGUGGAUUUUGAAAUGGAACGGUUUGAAGUUUUGGGUGUCCCCUUCAGUCUCCAACUCUGGGACACUGCUGGGCAGGAGAGGUUCAAAUGCAUCGCUUCCACCUACUACCGAGGAGCUCAAGCCAUCAUCAUCGUCUUCAACCUGAACGAUGUGGCGUCCCUGGAACAUACCAAGCAGUGGCUCGCCGAUGCACUCAAGGAGAAUGACCCUUCCAGCGUGCUUCUCUUCCUUGUGGGUUCCAAGAAGGACCUGAGUACUCCAGCUCAGUAUUCCCUAAUGGAGAAGGACGCCCUCAAGGUGGCCCAAGAGAUUAAGGCUGAGUACUGGGCCGUGUCCUCACUCACUGGUGAGAAUGUCCGGGAAUUCUUCUUCCGUGUGGCAGCAUUGACCUUUGAGGCCAAUGUCCUGGCUGAGCUGGAGAAAUCGGGGGCUCGGCGCAUUGGGGAUGUUGUUCGCAUCAACAGUGAUGACAAAAACCUCUACCUAACUGCCAGCAAGAAAAAGGCCACAUGUUGUCCCUGAAGAGUGAGGAUUUUCCAGAGACUUCCCAUUCCUGGGGUACUGUGCCACCCCAAUUGCUCCAGAACGCAACCCCUGGACAUUUGCACUGGCUUCUUCUAGACCAAAGAGUACCCUUGAUGUCGGUGCCCCUAGAGGGUAACUGGAACCGUGCUAGUCACUUCCUGCCCACAAGCACCAUGCCAAAGACUGGCCGACCCUCUGCUGCUCUGGGGCCCUCCGGGGUGCCCGGUGGGGGGCAGUGUUCCUGCUGCUUCUGCUCAGCCUUCUGGGCCCUUUAUGUAUGAGGGUACUUAAUGGUUCCAGCCUUAUACUGUGCCUUACGCAUUAAAAUCUGUUAGCAUUUUCA